GCUCCCUCCCUCCUCCUUUGCUUUGACUGCCCAAGAGCAGUUUCAACCAAAUAAUUAUUAAUUAUCCUCUUCGUAUUUAUAACCUAGCACACCUGCUCCCUCUCCUCUCAAUCUCUGCAAAGCAAAACUCCAAAUCCUAACACGACGGGACCUCCUCUGGAACCAGCUGCUCCAGUGGCUCGUUUUCUCACUCACCAAAUGGGCCAAUCAUCUUCCACCACUAAUUAUUCAAUCAACCGAUUCUUAACCCCCGCGACCAUCUUAUCCGAAUCCUCAGAUUUAGCCGACGAAAUCAAUAUCGGACCUCUCAGAGACCACACGGAGGACAUACCAGACGAUUGUUUAGCUUACAUAUUCCAGCUUCUCAAAGCCGGUGACCGCAAAAGCUCAUCCCUUGUCUGCAAACGAUGGCUACGCGUCGAUGCUCAAAGUCGCCGCCGGCUUUCUCUGAUUGCGCAAUCGGAGAUUAUUUCCUAUGUACCUACGAUCUUUACUCGAUUCGAUUCGGUUGCUAAACUAUCUCUCCGGUGUGGUCGGAAAUCUGUUAGCUUAAAUGACGAUGCGUUGCUGAUGAUUUCUAUCCGGUGCGAGAAUCUCACGCGACUCAAGCUCCGUGGAUGUCGUGAACUGACUGAGUUAGGUAUGGCUAACUUUGCUAAAAAUUGUAAGAACCUGACGAAAUUUUCGUGCGGUUCGUGCAAUUUCGGGGUUGAAGGAAUUAAUUGGAUGUUAAAGUAUUGUACUGAUCUUGAAGAGUUGACUAUUAAGCGGCUUAGAAGUGUCAAUAAUGGGAACGAAUUGGUCAUCGUUCCCGGCGCGGCCGCAUUAAGUUUAAAAUCCAUUUGUUUGAAGGAGUUGGUUAAUGGGCAAUGCUUUGAACCGCUUGUGGUUGAAUGCAAGAAGCUUAAGACCUUGAAAGUGAUUCGUUGUUUAGGUGAUUGGGAUAGUGUGCUUGUAAAAAUUGGGAAUGGAAAUGGGAUUUUGAGUGAUGUUCACUUAGAGAGGUUGCAAGUGAGUGAUAUUGGACUUGGAGCAAUUGCCAAAUGUGUAAAUAUAGAUAGUUUGCAUAUUGUGAGGAAUCCUGACUGUUCAAAUUUAGGGCUUGUUUCUGUGGCAGAGAAUUGUAGGAAGUUGAGGAAGCUUCAUAUUGAUGGGUGGAAUAUUAAUCGGAUUGGAGAUGAGGGUUUAAUAGCUGUAGCGAAACAGUGCCCGGAGUUACAAGAGCUUGUUUUGAUUUGUGUUCAUGUUACGCAUUUGAGUAUGGCAGCAAUUGCUGUUAACUGUCAGAGAUUGGAGCGAUUGGCAUUGUGCGGGAUUGGAGCUAUUGGUGAUGCGGAGAUUGCUUGCAUUGCAGCUAAAUGUGUGGAGUUAAAGAAGCUUUGCAUCAAGGGCUGUGCUAUUUCUGAUACUGCCAUUGAAGCUCUUGCUUGGGGAUGUCCGAAUUUGGUUAAGGUUAAGAUCAAGAAAUGCAGAGGAGUUAGUAGUGAAGUUGUGAAUUGGUUGUUGCGGCGCAAGGGGUCACUUGUUGUUAGUUUCGAUGCUGCUGAAAGUGAAGGGUUGGAUGCCAGUGGUAGUGAUGUUGGAGGUCAAGAAAGUGGUGUGGAAUUCCCGGUGAUGGGUGACCGAGUAGUUGUCGGUGAUGGCCCUUCAGUCAGCAUUGGGAGAUUGGCUUUGCUUAGGGCGAAGCUAGGGUUUUUUGCCAGCAGGAAUUUAGUGCCCUGUGCGUUUAACAAGUCAUCAAAUCACGGGGAUAGUUCAAGUAGCAAUCUGUGAAUGAUUUUUGUAGGAGUCGGUAAAAUGAGAAACCAACUCUUGAUGAUCCACUCGCCCUCUUCUUUUUCAAUUGGUUGCGCUAAUUACUUGAUUCUUAUAUUUCACAGUAUAUGUUGUCUCUUUCUGAAUUGUUCAAUUUUGUUAGCAGUUAAAUUAAAACAAGAACUUCCGUUUAUCA